UUUUUCUCGUCCACAACCUGCUCACGGCGAUCUCACUUCUAAACUUGACUUCGUUCUAUCUACCAUGCAGUUGGUGCAAACAGGAAGAGUUUUGUAGAUCAGUGGUGAAGCAGACACCAGAUUAUAGAUACCAAGUGCUACUACACACUUGUCCAGUCCUCAUCAGAGCUUCUCCGCCGUCCGGACGAGAGGGUUACGAUCGUCCUUACAACAGAACUUUGACCUGGCAGACCUAGUGCCAGUGAUUAGGCAAUUAGUCGAGGACUCGGGGGGCGGUCAGUUCAGCAGGAAGAGGAGCCGGCGGUAGAUCUACGCGAAGUGCAGUAGCGGCCACAGCGGUCUCAGGCUUCCCGCACCUCAACGUCCAGAAUGGAGUCCCUCUACUCUCGUAGUUGCUGCCGCGGACAUUGCCCGUUGCUGACUCUUCUGUUGCUCAUCACCGUGCUGGGUUUGGCUGUGAAUCAUUGCACGGCACAGUCGCUAGUCAGUGGCGGAGUGAACGUCUGCAGCACAACGAGAACGCAGGUAGUAGCCUAUAGGGUGGCUGUGACAGUCACCUAUUCUCAGAAGUACUUCACAUCCCCAUGCUGGAGCUGGGACUUGAAGUGCACCAGAUACCGGACGGGUUAUCGCACCGAGUAUCGUACCAGAUACAACACACAAACUACAUCUAUCCUGAAGUGCUGUGCCGGAUGGAGGCAAUCCGGAACCGGCUGUCCAACCCCAAUCUGCACUUUUUCCUGCUUGAACGGUGGAGUCUGCUCCAAACCUGAUGUCUGCUGGUGUCCAGCUGGUUUCUUCACCAAGAACUGUGGACUGAGGUGCUCACUGUGGCAGUAUGGCACUGGCUGUGCAAGCACAUGCCCAUGUGUGAAGACGCAAGCAACAUCCUGCGACAAUGUGUCGGGGAAAUGCAAGUGUAAAGCUGGCUACAUCGGCAAAAACUGCCAAACACAAUGUGGAACCAGCAAUUAUGGAGUUAAUUGCCAAGGAAUAUGUAACUGCAAGAAUGGAGCAACAUGCGACUUUGUGACUGGACAAUGCAAGUGUGCACUGGGCUACCGUGGAACUGACUGUGGUCAGAAGUGCCGUCCAGGCACGUACGGCGAUGGUUGUGCUGGUGUGUGCGCCUGCAAGAACGGUGCGACAUGCAACUAUGUCACUGGCAAGUGUGCAUGCACGGCCGGCUGGACUGGAGUCGAUUGUUCGGCAGCCUGCCCGACUGGCAUGUGGGGUGUGGGGUGUGCCCAGACCUGCACAUGUCUCAACAAUGCAGCAUGCACUGCAAGCACUGGAGCCUGUGUGUGCACACCUGGUUUCAUGGGAGCAAGAUGUGAGACACCAUGCCCGGCAGACAAGUAUGGCAGUUACUGCCGAUACAACUGCACCUGCGUAAACAACGGUACUUGCAACUCCAUUAACGGACUCUGCACAUGCCUGACGGGAUACGUGGGCGCGAGCUGUGAGCUUAAGUGUCCUCCUGGGACAUUUGGGCAUGGGUGUACAUCGUCAUGUAAUUGUCAGAACGGAACUUGUCACCAUCAAGACGGAUCAUGUCGGUGCUUUGCUGGGUACACCGGCCACAGCUGCGCCAUACCAUGCAAAGACGGUCUGUUUGGUGCCUACUGCACGCAGACGUGCAAGUGCCGGAAUGGAGCAACGUGCCUCCCGACCGAUGGAACGUGCCUGUGUGCUCCCGGCUACAGGGGACCAACAUGCGCGGACAAGUGCAAAGUAGGAACGUACGGCGCAGAUUGUCAGUCAACGUGCACCUGUCAGAACAACGGGUUAUGUAAUCAUGUCGACGGCACCUGUACAUGUACCGCCGGGUACAAUGAUACAGACUGUUCCCAGCAAUGUCCCGAUGGCACCUAUGGUCAGCUGUGUGCGAAUGACUGCAACUGCACCUAUGCUACCAACUGCAGUCAUGUUGAUGGCACGUGUACAUGUUACACAGGCUGGACUGGGGUGGAUUGCAGUCAGCAAUGUGCCAGUGGAUCAUACGGUACAGACUGUGCAAACACGUGUCAAUGUCGUAAUGGAGCGGCAUGCAGUCAUGUUGAUGGUAGUUGUAACUGUACUGCUGGAUACACUGGAGUCACGUGCAGUCAAGCAUGCCCGACUGGUUACCAUGGCAUCAACUGUUCCAUGUCAUGUGAUUGUCGUAAUGGUGCUCACUGUAACAAGGUUGAUGGAACGUGUACAUGCAAGCCUGGAUGGAGAGGUGUGUCGUGUAAUGACCCCUGUCUGAAGGGUACAUUUGGCCAAGACUGUGCCAACACAUGCCCUUGCCAGAACGGUGGCAGCUGUGACAAGGUGGACGGCACGUGCCAGUGCACCAGUGGUUGGACGGGUCCGGUGUGCGCCAACUAUUGUGUUGCAGGUUUCCAUGGUCCAGACUGCAGCCGGAGAUGUUCUUGCAAGACGGACGUUUCAACGUGUGACCGUUUCACUGGCAAGUGCACUUGCACAGCUCCUGGCUACACGGGGAAAUCCUGCAAUGAGACGUGUAGUAAUACGUGGGGCUAUGACUGUGUGAAUGACUGUGAGUGUGUACGUGCCAACAGUGUCACCUGUGAUGCUACCAACGGAGACUGCAAGUGCAGCCCCCAGUAUCACGGAAGUACCUGUGGUAGCAAAUGCCCGGAUGGCAGUUGGUCGGUUGAGGAAGAGUGUGACGGUCGGUGUGACUGUGACAAUGAUGGAAGCUGUCACUCAGUCACUGGUGCCUGCCAGUGCGGGCCUGGAUGGACUGGACCCAAGUGUAGCAACAAGUGUCCUGGUGGUCUGUACGGAGCAGGAUGUCUUGGCAAGUGUCCGGUAUGCAGUGGAAACAACGUGCAAGAGAACUGUGAUCAUGUCAGUGGCAACUGUAAUUGUGUACUCGGCUACUCAUUGGAGUCACGGUGUGCUGAAGCCUGUAAGGAUGGCUGGUAUGGUGUCAACUGCCAGUUCCAGUGCGAUUACUGUGAUGCGGAGAAUAGUGCUGGACCUUGCAACAAAAUGACUGGCAUCUGCAACUGCAAUCCUGGAUUCGCAUCGAAAUUCUGCAACAUGACAGCAGAGGAGUAUGAUGCACUGCUGGAAGAGCAGCGGAGGAAGGAUGGAGACAACCCUGAGCCACAACCCAGCAGCAGCAGCAACACUAACCUAGCAGUUGGUAUAACAGUCGGUGCUGCAGCUUUUCUUCUCAUUGUUAUAAUCGCAAUGGUUAUAGUGUUGAAGCGUCGUAGUAAACAGGAUGAAACGUCGUACGGUCAAGCAAACAAUGCCCCAGAGGUCUUCUACCGUAAGCAGUCAGGUCUGGACAAUCCAGAGUAUCAUGCUGUCCUGGCGAGGGGCGCAACAGCGCAAACCAGUGAAGACACUUCCUCAAUGAAGGAUAGUCCAAUGUACAACCAGCAGCUUUACGACGUGGCUUCCGAUCCGACUGGCCUUCAGGUGGCUGCUGCUGCUGCAGCUGCUGGCACAUCAACAAACCUAUACCAUCAGCCGGCUGCUGCUGCUGGUGUGAGCCGGAAGCCUUUUGCAGGUGUGUCAAUCAACAACGAUGCCGCUGAGGGGCCAGAGUACAGCGUUGCCACUGGCCAUGCAAUCCACACACAGGAACAGCUCAACAUUUAUGAUAAUCCUCAGCUGGUAGGUUCGAUGGGCCAGAGCAAAUCCGAACCGCAGACAGGAGGUCUGUUUCAAGCCAUGAACCGGGACACCAUUAUCCACAACAACAUGGCACCCAGCUCUGCCACCGACGCGUAUGACAAUCCCAACGAACCGCCGAGUGCCGUGCCGGGUGCACAGCAUAACUAUGGCGACAACACAUACGCCACUGCCGACCAUGGUGCUGCCGUGGCAACCGGCGAGAUGACAUCGAAUUCCAGUGAUCUUGGCUACACCGUGAUGGGCAGGCAAGCAUAGGCCUGACAACUAACUUAGUAACACAAUGAACAUGUGCCACUGCAUGCUAGUUUCUUGUUGUCAUUAUCAUCAUCACCAGGGAUGAAUUUAUCCGGUAUCGCAUCGCAGUUUGCUACGCAAAAUCGAUCUACUGCUACUCAAAAAUGUCAGUGACACGCAGAAAACUGCCAUACAUACAUGUACAGGCUACUACUAUUCAUGCUUUUUGUAGCUUACGCCACAAUUGAGAUUUUGCAUAGGAAAAACUGCUAUGCAAAAACAUGGCAGUAAAUUCAUCCCUGAUCACCAUCGUCGCAUUGCUGUUUCCAUUGUGGCGUUUUGUGCUUGCUAAGCAUACCGAUGUGUGCUUGAGUAUUUUGACCUUUCUGAUUGGAAUUUUCACCGGCAUUUAUAUUUUAUGGCAAUGAGCUUUUGCAUCCGUUGGAAUUGUUAUACCUUUUUUUGUCA